UACAUUUUUUAUCCUUAAAUAAUCCUAACUAAGUAUUCCUAUUUUCAGUGGUGUAAUGUAACAUGUGUAUCACAAAAAGUUUAGUUUUUAACUACUUUUCUGAUGAUAAUCAAAUAAAAUUUCUUUAGUCAAAAUGGAUCCUGAGAAAAGUAAAAUUCUUAAUAAAAUAAUUCCUCUUUUCCCAUCUUUGUCAAACCAAAAUAGCUCAAUUUCUUCAGAAGUAAAUGAAUUAUAUUAUUCAGAUUCAGAAGGAUCAAAGCUACAUAUAAUGCCUCAGUACAACAGUUUUCUCUCUAAUUCAAACUUGAAACAUUUUCAAUCUAAAGAUCUAUUAGCUACAAGUAGUCCUAUAACCAAUAAAAUUUCUUUAAAAACUAAUAAACUCAAUUAUAAAUCAUUUCAUACAACAAAUAAUGAUUACCUAUCUUUUUCUAUAAAUUCUAAUAUAAAGAAUAUUUCUAGUAGUAAAUCCCCUAAAAAAAACUCAAAAUUAUUUGUUCAAAAUAAUAAGUGCUCAUUGUCAACAAUUUCUUUGGUACCAUCUAUGAGUCAAGAAAAUAUCAUUCAAAAUAACUUACAGCCUUCUCUUUGUCAAGUGAUAAAAAAAAAUCCUCAAAUUGAACAUUUUACUCAGUUGAAGAACUGUAAUGUAUCAGAUGAUUUAUCUAAAUGUAAUCUAAUUAAAACUUUAGAUGAUAUUAAAAUAAAUAAACUUGGAAAUGAAAUAUGUCAUAAAGAAGCUUGUAUAACUGAACCAAAAAGAAAUUUUGAAGGAAUAUUGAAUAAAAUUUUUGAAUUACCUGAUAAUAUAUCUAAAGAAGAUCUGGCAAACAUAUCUGGAUAUAAUGAUUUGUAUAGUGCUUUGAGUAACACUAUUAAUAUCAAUCUUGAACAAAAACAAUACAGUACCUCAGCUUUUUCAGUGAACAGUGAUGUACCUCAUAAUAUUUCUACUGAAAGUUCUAAUUAUUUUCAUCUUGCAAAGAAUUUAAAACAAGAAGCUAUUUCAUGUUCUAAAUUCAAAACAUUAAAUUAUGACAUUAUGGAUGAAAAUGAGUGUGCUGAAUUAAUACAAUAUGAAAUAGAUCUAAAAAUGUUUAGUAGUAAUAUUAUUCCGUAUAUGAAUAGUUUGAAAUUUGAUAUCCUGUUUUUGAAAAAUAAACAAAAUUUUAUCCCUUCAAAAAAAGUUUUGAGAGGUGUAGCUUGUACAAAUGAUACUUUGAAAAGUAUAAAAAAUUGUUUGUCAUUAUACAGUUUAGACAACAAUAACAUAGAUACAGAUUUUGUAAAUAAUACUUUUUUAGAUGCAGUUAAAAGUACAUCGGACAAUACAAAUAUUUUUGAACUUAAUGACAUAAGUAAUAAAAUUAAAUAUGUUGAAAAACUUAAAGAACAAUUGAAAUUUUAUUUUGGUUUUGAAAUGUCCAAUAAUCAUAGUAAAAUAACAAUUAAUACUCCUGAUGAAUUAUCAAAACAUUCUACAGAAAUUUUAAAUUGUUCAUCACAAGUAUCUAGCAUAUUAAUGAGAAAUUCUAAUAAUAAAGAAGAGCUACAAAUUUUACAAAACAAUUCUAUUGAGGCUAAAGAUUUAUCAUACCUAUUACCUGUAAAUUAUGAUAACAUUUCCAAUCAAUCCCCAGAACUUCCAAGCAAAGAAAAUUCUAUCUUAAUAGAAUUUGAUAGGGUUAAUAUUAAUGAUAAUCAAAGCUUAAGUACUGUGAAAAAUAGUAGUAGUAAUAAUGUUUCAAAAAGAAAAAUAAGUUUUCUUUCUAAUGAUGAAAAUGAGAAUAAAAAGCGCUAUUCAUUAAGAAGUUUUCCUAAGCAGACCAAUCGUUUUAUUGAAGAAAUUAAAACUAUUACUAUAAAAAAAAGGAAAAAAAAAUUUAAAAAUAAAGAUAAGUUAAUCAUCAUAAAAGGAAUUGGAAAAAAUCAAAAAUUAAUUCAUUAUAGAGCUUAUUCCACUUUAAACCAAAAAGAUAUCAAUAUUAAAAUUAAUAACAAAAAUGCUAAUAAUUCUCUUGAUAUAAUAAAUAAGAAUUCUAAACUUUGUUGUUGUGGUAUUUAUAAAUCUCAAAUUCCUUGUUCCUGGUCUAAACAAUUACAUGCUGAAAUACAUGAUAAUUUACAAAAAAUUUUGUGUAAAGAUAUAUCUCUUAAAAAUGCUAAUCAAGUAAGCAUAAAUGGAUCUAUUUACUUUAUAGUAAAAAUUUGUAAUAGUAACUUAAAUGACAAAAAUAUAAUAAAAACUGUAAGUAAUGUUAGACAAUUUAUAAGUUUAGAAUUAGAUAAUACUAAAAAAAAGAGAACUUUUUCUAAAUCAAACUAUGCAAUAUAUUUGGCUGUGCAUCCUAACUUGACUGUUGUUGGAUAUUUGGAAGUAGAAAAGUUAACUAAAGCUUGUACUCUUAUUAAUGGUAAAUUUACAAAUGAUUUAGUUUCUGUGAAAUUUGGAGUUACAAAAUUAUGGGUAAUGGUAAGUUUUAGAAGAAAUGGAAUUGCUACUAAAUUGCUCCAACAGUUUCAAAAGGAUGAACAACUAAAUUUAAAAGACAUUGCAUUUACUUAUGAUGGACUUAAUGGUCUUAAUUUUAUCAAGAAAUAUUUUUCUAAUGAAUCUAUACAAGUUUAUUAAUGUUUUUUUUUUUAAAUAAAUUUUUGUAAAAUUUCUACUUUUUAUUUAUUUUAACACAAUCGCUUGUUUGUAUUUUAUUUUAUUAUGCAUAAAAUGUCAAUAAGUUUAUAUACAAAUAAAUGUAUUUACUUUUAUCAUUGCAGAGACUUAAGUUUAAUCAGAAUUUAAAAUAUUCAAUCGAAAUUCAUAAGUAAAUUAUUUAUGUGAACUAAUUUUUUUUUUUAAUAUUUGAAAAAAUGUAUAGUUAUAAAAUUAUUAAAAUCACAUGGUACAAAAAAAGUUUUCAAUUUUUAAUUAAUAGAAUUCAGUCAACUUUAUUUUCCUUAGACAUUUUAUUGAAUUAUCUCAUAAAAGGACAUAUCUCAUGUCCUACCUUAUUUUAGCACUCACUCAAUUACAAAAUUUAGCCUCCAUGUAUGAUAAGUUGAUUUAACUUCCUAUUUUUAAUCCAGUAUAAAAAUAUUUGUAUUUAUAAAAACAAAUAGUUUAAAUUCAGGCAUAUUUUAAUUUAUAUUAUUGAAUCUUUUUUUACAUCCAAAUCAAUAUCAAUUAAAAACAGAAC